AUGUUUUCCCUUGGCAGCCAUUUGGCAAUGAACAAUCCCUCAAUGUUUCACUCAUUUGUAGACUCGUUUUUUGAGGGAAAGAAGGCGCUGGUAAAGGAACGAUUGAUGGAGUCGGUAAAAGUCAUCGUUGAUGGACUCUUUGAGGAGAUGGUUGGACAGGUCAAGGAGAUGAUGAUGCCACUGAAAAGUGCCGACCAUGAUCAAGUGAAACCCUUUAGCUUUGGGACGACCACAAUUGCUACUCCAGUCAUACCAUCGACCAUCAAGUCACCAGUGAACUUUUCAUCAGUGCCUAUUUUCCAGCCACCAAAAAGCAAGAUGAUCUUUGCAACCAAGCCCAAGCCUGGUCCCUCUACUUCAACUGCUCCUCAGCCGUUUUCUGGUCUUUAUAAACGAAUGGCCGAAGAGGAUGGUGUGGGCAUCAGCAACAACAGCGGAAGUCACUCUAACAAGAAGAAAGCGGUCACUAUGGAGCUGCAGAUUGAUGGUCCACUUGAUGACGUAGCUUUUGAUGAAACUAAUGCUGACGUUGAACUUUUUAACAGCAGUGUUGCCGCUAAUAAGAAUUCUCCAAGUACUUCCCAACAAGAGGCUCCCGAACCAGCCCAAUCAGGAAAGCAUCUCUGCACUGAGCCGAAUUGUGGCAAGAACUUCACAUGUAGCACUAGUCUGAAGCGUCACCUUCGAACGCACAACAAUGCAAAACCAUUUGGCUGCACUUUUGAUGGCUGUUCUUCAGAGUUUGGACGUCGUGAAAGCGCCAUCCGCCACAUUCUCAAUGUCCACCUGAAGAAGCAAAGUUCUGGAGACAACGAGGAAGGCGAAGGGGCUGACCACAAGCCGCCCGAUCCAGCAGCCUAUCUUAGCGUCAAGGAAGACCUUCUCUGA